AUGCUGGUUCGGAGAGCUUCCGGGGCUCUUUACAAACCUCUAUCACGGCCACAAACCACAUCCUCGGCAGAGAAGUCUCUGCCGGCACAUCGCAAUUCUUUCAUCAAAAGGAUUGGCCCUUACUCUUUGGGCAUCCUCGUUGUUGCUUUCAUCCUCAUGGCAAUAGCUCUCGCUUUCCUGUGUCACCUUUGGGUAGGUGACCGUAAUUCGAUCUCAUGGAGAUGGGUAAUACUCAACGAUUAUGUUGGGUCGGCGGUCGCACUUGCGGCUUUGGCUAUCCAGGUCUCUGUGUCCUCUUCGGGGGCUGUCGCAGUAUCGAUGCUCUCGUCACUAGCCAUGGAGAGAUGGGGCGUACCGCUCAGCCAGUCUCUGGCCAUCUCCACCAUGCGAUACAACAACUCAGGGCCCCUCCUCUCGCUAUGGAGUUUCGUACGGCAAGCCAGAAAGACUCAUGGGUGGAAAGCUGUCACCUUUUGCCUGCUGAUGGCGGUGAUUACAUUGGCAGCCAACUUCAGCUCCACCAUCCUGCUCUUUGACGUCCAUCCCGGCCAGAUUCAUGGCGUUCCCGAGAUGGUCGACGUCCCGCUUGGCUGGACAGAGGGCACAAGCAAGGAGCCCGCAACCUGGUAUCAGAACUUCAUGCUCCAAACGCCAUCCGCAUAUCAGACGUUUGCCGAGUGGUCCGACCCCCCCGAGCCGGCGGAGAACAUGUCGGACACGGGACCGUUGGUACGCGCUUUACUUCCCUUCGCCUCGGAACAGACGAGGACAAGCAUACAGAAUUAUGAAGGCCCUGCAAAAGUGUUUGAUGCCAGGGUUGCCUGCGUACGUCCAAACUUCGUCGACUCGACCUUCGUCGUCAAUUCCGACUUGGUCAACUUUACCGGACAGGUUGGCAUCAGCGCUCGUCCUCCGGGGCUAGACAGCCAGCGAGGAAACGGGGAUGGCGCUUCUCUCAACGGCUUCCCCUUGAUACCCUUCGAAUGCAGCGUCGGCUACGGCACGCAGAUAUGCCCGCUGGAGCGCGGCAGCGUAGACCUCGGCUUGAGGUCCUGGCUCUGGGAGUAUUUCAACUCGACGCAGAACGUCACCGCCAGUGCCUUCCUGUUUUUCGAGAGCCAAUACAUGCUGGACGCCUACAACGACACUUCCAACGGCACCUACCGGCCACUCUUCAACUACAACACCACAAAUCAAGGACAAGGGUGGAACUCCACCGGCGACGGGCCCUGGCUCAAUCUGCAGCCCACCAACUGGACGCUGAAACCGCCUUGCGAAGCCACCAACUCAUGCAGCCCGUCCUGCGAAGUGUUCAAGACCUGCGGCCGGCCCGGCCUGAACGCCUCCCUCUGCUUCGACGCCUUAUGGCCCGACAUGGACCUCCCCGUCCAAUUCAACGCCACCCAAAGCCGCACAGAGCCCAAGGUAACAAUCGACCCAACCACCAACCAGCUCGACCUCACCCCCGUCCGCCACCAACUCGGCGCCACGGGGCCCCGCCUCCGCCUCUCCCCCACGGCCCGCAACAUCCUGACCCUCUCCAUCUCCUCGGUCCGCGCCGCGCUCGACGCCCUCCGCCCGGCCGACCUCUCCCCUUCGCUCUCCGCCAAGCUCCUCGACGGCUCCUCCCUCUGGUUCACCCUCAACCCGGACUACAACGGCGGCGGCGCCACCUCCUGGACCUUCUGCCGCGACCUCCGGCGCGCGCAAUGCGCCUACGGCGGCGUCUACGACGCCAACACGUCGACGACGCUCGCCAGCGUCACGCAGGGCCUCCUCGCGCGCUCCAUCCUCGACGACGACGCGGGCCACGACCCCGCCGCCGCCCUCUCCGCCGCCCUCACCGUGCUCGCCCGCAUGCAGUUCUACGACGCGGCCGCGACUUUUGACUUUCCGCGCAGCGCGGCCGCGACGGCGUUCGUGACAAAGGCUUUCCCGCACGCGGCGCGCGGCCUGGCCGUCGUGGCGGGCGUGUGCGUCGCGCACGUCGCGCUCGUGGGCGCGCUGGCGCUGGCGUUCGCCCGGGGCACGGCGUGGUCGCUGCUGGACGCGGCGUGGGCGGCGGCGGCGCAGAUGCAGACGGAGGGCGUGGGGGAGAUACUGAGGACGGCGACGGCGAUGAGGGAUGGGGAUGUGGAGGGGAUGGUGGUCGGGGAGGCCGGCGGCGGGAGGGAGGGGGGGGGAGGCGGUUGUGCGGGUGAGGCAUAA